UGAUGCAUAGCUGCUGUCAAAACAACGCUUCGCCAUUUCAGGUUAAGGAGGAAUUAGGUCAGCCGAGUGGAGGUGGCAAUUAUUUUCCGUUCCGAACUAUUAUUUUAUUCUUUCUGUCGUUUAUUUAUCGGUUUCCGAUGCGUGUUUCCUGGUUCGCGCGGACGAGUUUUUCCUUGAUGGGUCCGGGUUGAAGUGUGAAGUCAGCGCUCGAGUUUCCCUGCUAACAGCUAGCGAGCUAGCUGUGUGUGUAAACAACGAGAAUGAAACGGGUGAAAGGAGGAGAGGAGGGCAGCAACGGCUGCUGCAGUAAAAGCUCGCCAGAGGCGUGCAAGAAGGUGCGGAAAGAGCUGAGCGAGGCGCCGGAGGCGGUCCUCGCCAGGGACGCGUCGGAGUACGACUGGUCCCGGCUGCCCCAGGAGCUGCUGCUGCACAUCUUCCAGUACCUGCCGCUGCUGGAUCGCGCCUACGCCUCCCAGGUGUGCCGAGGGUGGAACCAGGCCUUCCACAUGCCGGAGCUGUGGAGAUGCUUCGAGUUUGAGCUUAAUCAGCCGGCCAGCUCCUACUUAAAAGCCACACAUCCAGACCUUAUAAAGCAGAUUAUAAAAAGACACUCCAACCACCUGCAGUAUGUCAGCUUCAAGGUUGACAGCAGUACAGAGUCUGCAGAAGCUGCAUGUGACAUCCUCUCACAGUUGGUGAACUGCUCCCUGAAGACCUUGGGGCUCAUCUCCACCGCCAGACCCAGUUUCAUGGAGGUCCCCAAGUCCCAUUUCAUCUCCGCUCUGACUGUGGUGUUCGUCAACUCCAAGUCGCUGUCCUCACUAAAGAUCGACGACACCCCUGUGGACGACCCCUCCUUGAAGGUGCUGGUGGCCAACAACAGCGACACCUUGAAGCUGCUGAAAAUGAGCAGCUGCCCUCAUGUCUCCCCUGCAGGGAUCCUGUGCGUGGCGGAUCAGUGUCAUGGGCUCAGAGAGCUGGCGUUGAACUACCACCUCCUCAGCGACGAACUCCUGCUGGCCCUGUCCUCUGAGAAACACGUCCACCUGGAGCACCUGCGCAUCGACGUGGUCAGCGAGAACCCGGGCCAGCACUUCCACACCAUCAAAAAGAGCAGCUGGGACGCCAUGGUGCGCCACUCCCCCAAGUUCAACCUGGUCAUGUACUUCUUCCUGUACGAGGACGAGUUCGGCCCCUUCUUCAACGAGGAGAUCCCCGUCACGCACCUCUACUUCGGACGCUCCGUCAGCAAGGAGGUUUUGGGCCGCGUGGGGCUGCACUGCCCCCGGCUGGUGGAGCUGGUGGUGUGCGCCAACGGCCUGCGGCCGCUGGACGAGGAGCUGAUCCGCAUCGCCAAGCACUGCACCCAGCUGUCGGCCAUCGGGCUGGGCGAGUGCGAGGUGUCGUGCAGCGCGUUCGUGGAGUUUGUGAAGAUGUGUGGCAGGAGGCUGUCCCAGCUCUCCAUCAUGGAGGAGGUAUUAAUCCCCGAUCACAAAUACUCCCUGGAUGAGAUCCACUGGGAGGUGUCCAAGCACCUGGGCCGGGUCUGGUUCCCGGACAUGAUGCCCACGUGGUAGAGGGCCUCCAGCGUGGCACGUGGGGUUAGUGUUGAACAGCCUGCUCAGCUGUAGUAAACAGAGUACUUGUAGACUUUCUGUCGACACUACGGAUACUUUCCUCGCCCGACACGGAGACAGAACUCUGCGAAGCGGCUUUUCCCUUCAUUAGAGGAAAGCACACCCGCUCAUUUAGCUGUGUGGACUUCAGCUCGGCUGUGUUUAGAGAGAUUAGCGAGUGCGGAAAGUUUUCUUGUCUGAACGCGGUGGAGUGGAUGUGGACGGCGAGGUGCACGGUUGCAUGUUUUCUACACCACCUUUUGGCCUACAUUACUCCACUCAGACACCGACUCUUGUCUCUCUGUGGUUUGCUCUUGGAGAAAGUCAGCUAGGAGCAGCAUGAGACGGCUUUUGAAUCAUCAGGCGUUCCUGACGGUUCGUUUUUUUUUUUUUUUUUUCAGAGGAGUGGCUGGCGACGCCUCUUUCCACACACAAACUGAAGUUAAUGGCAGUGACGGAUAUAUGUGUAUAUAGGUCUUAAUGUUUGUGAUGUGAAGGUGUACAGUGUUUUUUUUCUUUUUUAAGUCUUUUCUGUGUGUAUAUUAGCUCAACACUAUUUUCUUGACGCUUCUGUACAGACAAACAUACGCACCUUACAUGGAAACCAAAUGAUAGUCAGGACGAGCGCGUCCCGCAGCCAAAUGGAGCAAAGCUUCUGCUGAUCGUUUAUUCUGUGGAUCACAAAGUAGUAAAGCUGUAACUACCAACUGGAAAAACGGGAUGUAAAUACGAUCAACAGGACUGUAUGAGUCUGAGAGGUACGCAGUAGUUUGCUGCCCUUUUGCGGGCGGAUCAGCUGAGCUUCAAAUCAUUUAGUUUCUUCUGCGAUUUGCCCCUCCCCUUUCAUCCGCGUGCAGGUGAGGACGCCGCUUUCAGAGAAGCUAUGUGGUAAAUCAAAUCAGUGAAACGCUUUUGUUUUCUUUUUCCUUUAAGAGGAAAGUUAAAUGCGUUUGUAUAUAUAUAAAUAUAUAAAAACGCUGUGUGUUUGAUUAUAACAAGUAGAAAUCCUUUAUUUCACCCUCUGUCUGGGUUCCAUGUCUGCUUAACCUAACGGGCUAGAGCGAAUUAUCCUUCAAUAGUUGGAGCUUUUUUUAUGCUUUAGUCGCUAAGCGGUGUAAUUUAUUGAUUUGGCAACUGUUUUAUUGGAUGACUAUGUUUGUAAAUCAAUGAAAGGAAGCAGGAUUUUUUCUUUCUUUUUUUUUGUUGCUAAAGGUGCUUGGAAAAGUCCCGUCCUGCAGGUUUACCGAAGUUUGUGUUGCACCUGUGGGUUUGUCUGUGCAAUCAGAUGAUCUGAUCAAAAAUCAACACUUUAAUCUGGGAAAUGUUGGAUUGAUUAAAGAAAAGUGGGUAGAAAGUGCAUUUCAAGGGUUGAGCUUCUAGAAUUACAUGUUAUUCUCCAUCUAAGUUUUUUUUUUUUUUUUGUCUGAAAGCGUUUUAAUAGAUUAUUAAAACAGCAGAAAUCAAUAACAUACAAAGCUGUAUGUUAUGUAGAAUUGUGUAAAAACAGAUUGUUUUGCUACCGUACAUCAUUCCCUGACACUGAAGUUCUGCUCUGCUCUCCAGGAUGUACAGCAGUGGUGUCAAACAUACGGCCCACGGGCCGUAUACGGCCCUUCAUGAAGAGAAAAAAUAUAAGGAUGUUUAAAAAAAAAAGCAAGUUUCUAGCCCAUUCCUGUGGCAAGUUAUAGUUCUUUAAAGAAAUGGCUGCAAUGCACAAUUCUAUCACUAGGGGCAGCAAAGGAAAAGAAAGCCGGUAUAACAAGAAAUAACCAGCAUUUCUUUGCCACAUCUGGGUAACAUGCAGUUUGGUUCCCUGCCAGCCUCACCGCUGUUAAGUUGCUAUAAAAAUGAUCAGACGUGACACCACGAUUACCAAAAUGUCGAGGUCAAGACUAUAAUACUUGGUGAUUAGGCUACUAGGCUGUUUGAGGCAUUUUUUUCCACAAAAAAACAAAACGAAGCUACAGAUUAGUUGACCACAGGCUUAUUUUACUAUUACGUUGCUGGUCCGGCCCACUUCAGAUCAGACGGGUUGAAUGUGGCCAGUUUGACACCCCUACUGUAGAGCCUCUGGAUGAGUUCUCUCCUCUUCAUCGCACUUUCAUGCCGUCGGUACAGACACAUAUCAGCUAAACGCUUUGUAAUCAGAAAUUCUUCAUCUGCAAUUUGGAUUUUUCCUGUUUGUGAAUGAAAAUAUUCAGUCAGUGAAAAGGUUCAAGUUGCAGAUGAGAAGCAGCAGGUAUUCAAGUCAUCUUAAUCAAACCCCUCAUCCAUAUUUGUUUGGAAAUGUCUGUAAUAAAUAACUAAAUCAACAGUUAACCAGCGCUGAUUGUGACGCCCUUUUAGUUUGGCUUCUGUACUCGGGAAAAAUGUUUAUUUUGCUUUACUGGACACUGGUCUGAAUUGACAUACAAACAUGUGGUCUUAUAAUGAAAUAAAAUGACGUGAAUGUA